AUGGGGGUGGCAGUUGUUGGGUCCACUACGCUGAACAGCCUGAAGAAGGUUGAUCACAUCUGGAUUUUCCUUUAUUAUUCUCCGUUUUUCAUCUCCUCUUCUCAAGCGAAGUCCAGGCUGGCCCUCUGGAAAUGAAGCUGUGUCUUUUUCUGCUGCUGCUGUGCCUCAGUCGCCAGGGACUGACUGAAGAACCCGCUACAGCAGCUCCUGAAGUCUCUCCAGUCACAGAUGAAGAGGAGGAGAAAAAUGUCAGUAACUGUGGGAGAACAUUCAGCCAUGAGGAACACCGGGCAAUAGGGGGCGCUAUAGAGCAGUUGGGGUUGAAGAUCCUGGAGAAGCUUGCUAUCAGCUCACAGCAGCCCAAUGUCAUCCUCUCCCCUCUCAGCCUGAUGUUCGCCCUUGCUCACCUCACCUUAGGUUCCCGCAAUGAAACAGAGAAGCUUCUCCUACAAAGUCUUCAGGCCCACAACCAGCCAUGCUUCCAUCACAUCCUGGGAAGCCUUGUGCCUCAUCUAACCCACAGGUCACUGGAGGUGGCGGCACGAAUGUAUCUGAGACCAGGAUUUGAAGUGAAGCUGUCGUUUGUUGAGGAAUCUCUGGCCAGGUACCGGUCCCGGCCCUUCCCUCUGGUCUCUGUGGAUGAGGUCAACCAAUGGGUGGAGAACGUCACCAAUGGAAACAUCCCCAACUUCUUGGAAAGCAUUCCACAUGACGUGGUGCUAAUGCUCAUUAACGGUGUUUACUUCAAAGGUGAAUGGAAGACCCAGUUUGACCCUCAGGUGACCUCAAAGGGAGUGUUUUAUCUUGACAGCCAGAACUCAGUCUCAGUGGACAUGAUGAAAUCUGCCCAGUAUCCUCUACGCCUGAUGAACGACCCUCAGCUGCAGGCACAGGUUGCCAGCUUUCCCUUCAAAGGAAACACCAGCUUCCUAGUCAUCCUUCCCAUAGGAAACGUCUCAUCGGUGCUUCCCAAGCUAAAUAUCUCUGACCUCUACAGUCGUCUACCUCAAGAAAAAUCAAUGCAGGUCAACGUACCAAAGAUGAAGCUCCAAUAUCGACAGGAGCUCGAAGAGGCACUGACCAGCAUGGGACUCGGUUCCCUGUUUUCGGGUCCGGACCUCUCUGGGAUUUCUGAGCAGCCCCUCAGGGUGUCGAGCGUCCGUCAUGCCACCACCAUGGAGCUCAGCGAAGAAGGUGUCGAAGCAUCCGCCACCACCGUGGUGACCGCGAUGCGCUCCAUCUCCUUGUUUUCUGUCAACUCCCCUUUCCUGUUUGCCCUUGUUGAUGACUUCUCUCUGGCCCCUCUGUUCAUGGGCAUCGUCACAAACCCCGCCCCCGACAACGACCCCAUGCCUAACGACGACCCCAACGGGAACAACACCAUGAACGACCAGCCUGGAACCGAGGCGGCCAGAGCAACAGAUUUGAACGUCGAGCUCAACAGGUUGCCAGCAGAGGGCAGCACUGUUCAGUCCUGCAGCGCUCCUGGUGGUGGGAAGGAGCAGCUGCAGCAGGUCGAUGAACAAGAUGGCAGCAGCAGUAAGACUCAAGGAGACGAGCCCUGCUCCAAACCAGACAACUUCGUCCCAAUCUGAAAAAAAUCAUAAUAAAGAAAUUAUACAA